AUGAAGGUGAAGACAAGUGCAUCUAAGUUUAGGGCUCUUGUCCAGGAGCUUACUGGUAGAGACUCUGAUGCUGAGCGUUUCAUGGAGACCAAAGGUGCCCAUUAUCAAAAUGUUCAUGAGUUUACUCAUGAGCAACAAUUGAAGGGUGUGGAUCAUGAUCAUGGGUUGUUGCCUCAGCUUCCUUUCUCGAAUUCGUUUUUUGAGUUUCCGAAUUGCUCCGAUGCUUUGUUCGAACCGUUUUCUGGGCAUUUCGAGUUGGAUGUGCACAGAAACUUUGAUCAAAUUUGA